AUGCCCGGUGUCCAUACAUUUUACGAUGGUUCAAUUCUCUUACAACCAGUAGCAAAUUCAUUAGGCAUUGGAAUUGAUAAAAUUAACUUGGUGGUAUGUCAGAUUGUCUCGUUGAUGCUCGCUUACUUACACUAUAGCAUCUUCAGUGCAACUAAAGUUUCACGAAUGACACGUAUUGCCUUUCCUGCUAUUUGUGGAUUAUUGUUUUGUUAUUUUUGUUACGGCAAUGCAAUGAAACAUUUGGUAUUAUUGGUUGGUCUGUCAUAUGCUAUUAUGCAUUCUUCUCCUCCGGAAAUUGUGCAUAAAUGUGUAUUUUUAUUUUCUAUGGGGUAUCUCGUUUUCAUACAUUGGUAUCGGUGGUAUAUACUAACAGCACCCGCUAUUGAUAUUACGUGUCCUUUGAUGAUUAUGGUUCAAAAAGUGACAAUGCUUGCGUUUUCAUUACAUGAUGGUAAAGUGAAAAAAAUUGAUGAGCUAAAUGAAAUACAAAAGAGAGAAGCCAUCAAAUCAGUACCUGAUAUAUUGAGCUUUCUGAGUUACAUGUUUCAUUUUCAAGCAGUAUUAACAGGACCAGCUUGCUUUUACACCGACUAUAUGGCAUGGAUUAAUGGAACAGCGGCUAUUGGUAAAGAUGGGAAGGGGUGUUUAUGUUAUUAUAUGUUUUUUUUUGGUGAUCGUUUCACUCCUGACAUUAUCAUUGAUAAGAAAUAUAUGAAUCUGAAUUGGAUUCAGUGGAUAUUUGUAUUGUACAUUGUAAUGGCAUUUCAACGUGUGCCAUAUUAUGUUGCGUGGACUUUAGCUGAUGCAAUAUUUAAUUUAAGUGGAUUCGGGUUUAAAGGUUAUGAUUCAGACGGGAAACCUCAAUGGGAUUUAGUUUCCAACGUCAAGCCAUGGAAAGUGGAGACAGCGUUAAAUUUCAAAGAAACAUUAGAAGCAUGGAAUUGUUGUACGAUGUACUGGCUGCGACGUGUUGCAUAUGAUCGUGUUCCAAAAGGGUAUCGAACUUUAUCGACGUAUUUAUUAUCAGCAGUUUGGCAUGGCUUCUUUUUGGGUUACUAUGUCACUUUCUUGACUGGAGCUCUGUUCACUGUUUCUGCACGAACGAUACGUCGUUGUUUACGUUGGCGUUUCCAAAGAAAUGAAUUUCUGCGACGUUCAUAUGACUUGCUUACGUUUGCUAUCACAAAGAUCACUUUAUCUUAUACAACAUAUCCAUUUGUCAUGUUGCAUCUUGGACCCGGUCUAUACUUUUACAGGCAGAUGUAUUUUUUUCUGCACUUCACUGCACUUUUUGCUCUAUUUAUCUUGCCUCGAAUAUUACCUCCAGAAUUGAAAUCAAUUCAAACUGAAAAUGUUGACGAUAUGAAGAAAUCAUCGUGA